AGAGGUGAAAGUCAAAACCCAAAAGCGAUCCCUUCUCCCUCUUAAACCCUAGCUGUCACCAGCCCUGAAACCACAAGCUGCUUACUCCGCUCCGGCGAACCACCACAGCAUCUGGCUCCGAAGCCCUCCGUAGAGAGUGAUCUCAGAAAGGGAUUGAUAAUUGAAGCAAUUCACAAGAUUGUGGAGCAAAAUCAGCAGACAGAGCUAUCUAAUAGAAGACUAAAGAAGGAAAUUCCAAAUGAAUCAACCAGUCCAGAAGAAUACCCUCUAUGAUGGGGGGCUAGCAGAGGAGGUGAAUGAGUCGAUACUGCAUUCGGCAUUCAUACCUUUCGGGGACAUAAAGGAUGUGAAGACACCAUUGGACCAGGCAACCCAGAAGCAUAGAUCCUUUGGGUUCGUGACCUUCCUGGAGAAGGAAGAUGCAGCUGCUGCCAUGGACAACAUGGAUGGUGCUGAGCUCUAUGGUCGAGUCCUCACUGUUAAUUAUGCCCUUCCUGAACGUAUCAAGGGUGGUGAACAGGGUUGGGCUGCUCAACCCAUUUGGGCUGAUGCUGACACAUGGUUCGAACGACAACAACAAGAAGAGGAAAUGCAGCGCAUUCAAGCUGAGAAUCGGGCUGCAAUGCAGGCAGCCGAGGAGUUACACAGAAAGAAAAUGACACAGGAACGGGAAGGGGAGAAGGACGAAGAAGUAGAGGGCAAGGAUGAUCCCAUGGCAAGGGUGGAAGCAUACAAGAGAAAAAUGAACAACGGUGAGAUUUUGAGAGAAUAGGGAAUACGGAAGAAACUUACUUAACAACUAUUUCCAAAUAAACUUCUCUUGUCCCCGACAAAUUUGAAAAUUUCCACCCUUGCGCUUAUGGAAGAUAGGGAAUGUAAAAACGAGAAUAAGAAAAUUACCUCUUAAGGCACAACGUUGUUGAACGGACAUGAAAUUAUUUUCACACGAAACUAAAUAAAUGAGUAAUAGACAACGAAACAACAAGAUCACAAGAAAACAAAGAAAUCAACAUAAUGAAAAAUAAUUUUGCUAGUACAGAUACAUUUAGCACACAACACCCAAA